AAAAAAAAAAAAAAAAAAAAAGGGGGAAACAGCUGAGUUCUGUAAUGCUAAUAACUACUAUUAACUACUAGCACAGAAGUAAGAGAAUCAUCGACCAGCAGCAACCGUUCAAAAGUAAAACCCUAAUCCGAUACUUGGGAGCCACACUGGUAGUGAAUUAUUAGCAGUCAAACUGGAUGAAAGUGGUGGCGCUAGUCAGCGGCGGCAAGGACAGCUGCUAUGCUAUGAUGAAAUGCAUCCAAUACGGCCACGAGAUUGUUGCAUUGGCUAAUCUGUUGCCUGCCGAUGAUUCAGUGGAUGAGUUAGAUAGCUACAUGUAUCAAACUGUUGGGCACCAAAUAAUUGUUGGUUAUGCAGAAUGCAUGGGAGUGCCAUUGUUCCGAAGGAGAAUACAAGGAUCCACAAGGGAUGAGAAGCUAAACUACAGGACAACUCCAGGUGAUGAAGUUGAAGAUAUGUUUAUUUUGUUAAGUGAAGUUAAAAGACAAAUGCCCUCUAUCACAGCAGUAUCUUCUGGUGCUAUUGCAUCGCAUUAUCAGAGGCUACGAGUAGAAAGUGUUUGUUCAAGGUUAGGACUUGUUUCUCUGGCAUAUUUAUGGAAACAAGAUCAGUCAAUGCUCCUUAAAGAAAUGAUAACAAAUCGGAUUGUGGCUAUCAUUGUAAAGGUUGCUGCCUUAGGGCUGGAUCCAGCAAAGCACUUAGGCAAAGAAGUAGCUAGCCUGGAAUCCCAUCUUCAUAAGUUGAAAGAGCUAUAUGGGAUUAAUGUUUGCGGUGAAGGAGGAGAAUAUGAAACAUUGACACUUGACUGCCCACUCUUUGUCAAUGCCAGAAUUGUGCUGGAUGAGUUUGAAAUUGUACUACACUCUUCAGAUUCUAUAGCUCCAGUUGGGGUCGUUCACCCCAUAUCAUUUCAUUUGGAAAACAAGGAAAAGGCUGCUUUAUCAAGUGGUAAUAACAAAACCAACUUAUCAUUACAAGAAAAAGCAGGUUCUGUGUUUGAUGUGCAAGGAGAUUGCUCAAAACGAAGUGAGGCAACUUGUCAGUCUACUUCUGAAAUCGCAGAUUCAGUUGAAAUUGAACAUGAUAGACUUCACAUCUCUAAAACAAAGAAGGAUAAUAUUAUUUCUAUUUCAUGCUGGCUGAAAGAUUCGUGCAAAGCAGCCUUGCAAGACGAUCUAAAGAUUGUUCUAAAGCACAUUGAAUCACAGCUUGCAACAUAUGAUUUUGGCUGGGAGCAUGUCCUAUAUAUUCAUCUCUAUAUUGCUGAUAUGAAUGAGUUUAGUACAGCAAAUGAGAUUUAUGUUAAGUUCAUUACACAGGAGAAGUGCCCUUUUGGUGUUCCAUCUCGCAGCACAAUUGAACUGCCUUUGUUGCAAGUGGGUUUGGGAAGGGCAUACGUUGAAGUUCUAGUGGCAAAUGAGCAAAGCAAAAAUGUCUUGCAUGUACAAAGUAUUUCCUCAUGGGCACCUAGUUGCAUUGGACCAUAUAGUCAGGCGACCUUGCAUGAGGAGGUACUUUACAUGGCUGGGCAGUUAGGGCUUAACCCUCCCACAAUGACUCUCUGUGGCGGAGGCCCUGCUGCUGAGCUGGAACAAGCACUAGAAAACAGUGAAGCAGUAGCAAAAAGCUUUGGCUGUUCAAUAUGUACUUCUACUAUUGUCUUUACUAUUUACUGUUCAAGACGCAUACCAUUGUCGGAGAGACUUGAGAUUCAGGACAAGCGAGAAUCUUUUCUCAAGCGGAUGACAAUGCUUGAACAAGAUAAAGGAAACAUGCAGAAAGUUCUUGAUCCCAUAGUUCUGUAUGUCCUUGUGCCUGAUCUUCCAAAAAGAGCAUUUGUCGAAGUGAAGCCUCUUCUUUUUGUCUCAAAAGACACAGAUGUGGCAGAUGUGGCAGAUGUAACUGGUCAUAACCUAUCUUCUACCACGUUGCUGAAUUGUUGGGAUUUUCAGCGGGCAGACUGGCAUAAUUCUUGCAUUCAGAAAUGGGUUGUUAGUGGGAAGAUAUGUGCUGUAGUUUUGUCUAUAACAACUGAAAUUGUGGCAAAAAUCUGUUCAGAAUCGUUAGGUGCCUACAAGAAUGACGGGAAUCAACAAAAUUCUCUCCCGAAGGUGCAUAUGGAAAGAGUUUCGAGAUUUUGCAUUUAUCUUCUGGAUAAAGUGAUUUUGGAGAAUGACUUUUUGUGGGAAGAUACAAUGACAUUGAGGUUCUACUUCCCAACAAGCCUUGACAUGACCCUGGAGACACUAUCACUCAUGUUCACAAGCGCUUUCAAAGAACUUUCUGAAAUGGGCAGGUGGGAUCAAACCGGGAAGGAGCCCAUUUUCAAUAUUGUUCCAGUCCUUGGUGCUGGUAGGUCUUCUGAAUCAAUGGAUGAUGUUAUCACCUGCGAGUUACUUGCGCAAAAGUCCUGAAUCUUGUUGCUUUAUAAAUCAUUUGUUUUUUCAUUAAAAAACUCAUGGAGGAUGAUUGAAGUAUUGACAUUUUUUACACAUGUAACAACUGGUAGGAAAGUUUAAAAUAAUCGUACAAACUACAGGUUAUCAGCUUUCUUUGCUAAGUUAUUCCCUCAGUUACAGCUAAACCCCCCAGAAAAUAUUUUGUACUAUGAUCAUUUUGCUAUGUUAAUAUACGCUAUUCUCCUCGUCUAUUUAGUUGCAAA